UUAUGCAACCUUGAACUCGAGGAGAAAAAAAGCAACCGUCCACUACCAGCUGAGCAAGUUCGCUUGCAUAAAAGAACUGAGGAUAUGUUGCGAUUAGAGAAGGCAGCGCAGUUGAUGCGCCAAAAUUUCCACAAGGUUAUUACACCUGUUUCUAGUCGUUCUGCUCACACAAAGGAACCUUUGGACCCUCAAUGGAAAGAUGCCGCUUCUAAAGAACUGAAGGGGAAAAAAGAUGUUGACUCUCUGGUCUGGAAAACUCCUGAGGGUAUUGAAAUCAAACCAGUAUACACUAAAACAGAUGUUAAGGAGGUUCAAAAUGAGAUACCAGGGCAGUUUCCUUACACCAGGGGUCCAUAUACCACAAUGUAUACCAACAGACCCUGGACAAUUAGACAGUAUGCCGGGUUCAGCACAGUAGAGGAAAGCAACAAGUUCUACCGAGACAACAUAGCAGCUGGACAGCAGGGGCUGAGUGUGGCCUUUGACCUCCCGACCCAUAGAGGCUAUGACUCAGACAAUGAGCGUGUAGUGGGGGACGUCGGAAUGGCAGGGGUGGCUAUUGAUUCUGUGGAGGACAUGAAGCUAUUGUUCGACGGGAUUCCCCUGAAGAAAAUCUCGACCUCCAUGACAAUGAAUGGGGCGGUACUGCCUGUAAUGGCCAUGUACGUCGUAGCAGCCGAGGAACAGGGAGCUAAGCAGGAGGAGUUAGCCGGUACGAUUCAAAAUGACAUCCUGAAGGAGUUCAUGGUCCGAAACACGUACAUCUUUCCCCCCGAGCCCUCCAUGAAGAUCAUUGGCGACAUCUUUGAAUAUACGUCUAAGUACAUGCCAAAAUUCAACUCCAUCUCUAUCUCUGGGUACCACAUGCAGGAGGCGGGGGCGGACGCUGUCCUAGAGAUGGCCUUCACCUUGGCUGAUGGACUUCAGUAUAUCAGAACAGGAAUAGAGAGAGGGCUAGAUGUGGACAAGUUUGCUCCUCGUCUUUCAUUUUUCUGGGGAAUCGGAAUGAACUUCUACAUGGAAAUAGCCAAAAUGAGAGCAGCUCGCAGAUUAUGGGCUACACUGGUUAAGGAGAAGUUCAGUCCCAAGAAUCCGAAAUCUCUGCUGCUCCGAGCCCACAGUCAGACAUCAGGCUGGUCUCUAACAGAACAGGAUGCUUACAACAACAUCAUCCGGACCGUGAUAGAGGCCAUGGGGGCGGUGUUUGGGGGGACACAGUCCCUACACACCAACUCCUUCGAUGAGGCCCUUGGUCUCCCGACUCCAUUCAGUGCCCGGAUUGCCAGGAACACCCAGAUCAUUCUACAGGAAGAGUCUGGGAUCCCUAAGGUGGCAGACCCAUGGGGAGGAUCCUACAUGAUGGAGAGUUUGACCAACGAUAUUUAUGACGAGGCUCUGAAACUUAUCAAUGAGGUAGAAGAGAUGGGAGGUAUGGCGAAAGCUGUAUCCUCGGGGAUGCCCAAACUGAGGAUCGAGGAGUGUGCAGCCAAGAGACAGGCCAGGAUUGACAGUGGCGCAGAGGUGAUAGUUGGUGUGAACAAGUACAAACCCACGGAAGAACAGCAGGUGGAUGUGUUGUGUAUCGACAACAAGCAUGUGAGGGAGGAGCAGAUCGCGCGGCUGAAAAAAACACGACAGAAUCGUGACAAGGGAAAGGCACAAGAGGCAUUGGAAGCCAUCACUAAGGCUUGUUCCAGUAACCAAGGUAACCUUCUCCAGCUGUCUAUUGAUGCCGCGCGGGCUCGGUGCACCGUUGGAGAGAUCACAGAUGCCAUGGAAAAGGUGUUUGGCAGACAUGUGGCCAGUAAUCGCCUGGUCAGUGGAGCGUACAAGAAUGAAUUUGGUGAAGUGGACGAAAUCAGUCGGGCGACACAGAGAGUGCAGCAAUUUGCUGACACAGAGGGGCGUCGCCCACGUAUCCUUGUAGCCAAAGUAGGUCAAGAUGGCCACGAUAGAGGGGGAAAGGUCAUCGCCACAGGCUUUGCUGAUCUAGGAUUUGAUGUGGAUAUUGGUCCAUUGUUUGCAACUCCUCGAGAAGCAGCUCAGCAGGCGGUUGAUGCAGACGUCCAUGUUCUGGGGGUCAGCACUCUGGCUGCCGGACACAAGACUCUGAUUCCAGACAUGAUCCAGGAACUCAAGAACAUGGGCAGACCUGAUAUUCUGGUGGUAGCGGGGGGAGUGAUACCACCCCAGGAUUACGACUUCCUGUACAAAGCUGGGGUCUCUGCUGUGUUUGGUCCAGGCACCAGAAUCCCAGAUGCAGCCAUUAAGGUCAUAGACAUGCUGGAGAAGAACAGUAGCGACAACACAAAAGCAAAGUCUGCCACUGGCUGAAAAUCGUGUGAACUGUGUGAUGAAAAAAACUUUAAGGAAAAAAUGCUUGGAGUCAGCCAUUUGUUGACUUUUCACUCCUAUUUCGUAUCGGGCUUUGUUUCUAUUUUUCGUACUCAACAAAAGUGGUGUCACUAAGUGGCUUGCAAGCACCUGAUGUACUACAUCUGUGUCAACAUUUGACAUACAUUUUGAAAUUAAGGUAAUUGUCAUAAACAUCUGUUAUUUAUACAAAGGGGGUGUUUGGACUUAGUUUAUUUCUUUGUUAUGUUAUGUAGUACGUUCAUAUUUGAUGUGUGAUGUACGUGUCAGUUUGUUGCAUAAUUUUUUUUAUUUAACAUUAUAUUGAAAAAACACAAUAUUCAGUAUAUUUAAAAGCUCUUCCUGAUAGCAAAUUUAAAAUGGUUUGUUUUUAUGAAUUCAAAAUAUCAUUAUGGAAUAGUGCUAUUUUUUUUUAAAGAUAUAUAUUAACUUAAAAAUGGAGAUAUGUCAUGUAAAAUGAUUGACAUGUAAAAUGUUUGAAUCAUGGUGUUAUUAUAUUGUAACCUGCAAUUGUUAGCAGAGUUACCAUGCAUUUUUAUUUUGUUUUAGAUUAGACUAAGUCUUGUGUCAGUAUACAUGUAAACUGUAUAUUAAUUGUACAAUAUACCAUAAGUUGUUUUUGAAUUUCCAUGAAUUGUGACGUGAUGUUCAUCCCUGUUGCUUUUAAACAAAUUAAACAAUCUCCACAUUAUUAUUUACAAUUGGAGAUACAAAUACUUCUUA